AUGUUUCAACCACUUGAACCACUUCCAAGCAAUUUGCCGGCUCCUACUUUCUGCCGCCGCCGCCUGUCCUCAGUCCACACUAACACUACUCCUACAUAUUCAUCGCAAGAAGCACCAACAGCCGCCGCCGACGAAGAAAUCCCGACGAUCGACUAUUUCUCCCUCUUCUCCGCCGACACUGCCCACCGUUCCAAGGCCCUGGACUGCCUCUCAGCAGCUUGUGAGCACUAUGGCUUCUUCAACCUGGUGAACCAUGGGAUUCCCGAUGGAGUGAUAGACGGUGCUUUGAGUGGGAUCGCCGAUUUCUUCGAGCGAACGCCGGUGGAGGAGAAGAGCAAGUACAAGAAAGGUGAUCCCGGAGCUAGGAUUCUUUGGGAUGCCAGGUGUCAUGCCGGCGAGAACAGAGAACAUCUCAAGCUCCUCGCUCGUCCGACGUUCCAUUGCCCUCCCAAUCCUCCAUUCUUUAGAGAGGCAUUGGGAGAGUACGAGAGCAGAUUGCAUGAAGUGAAGCUGGGCUUAGCAAGGGCUAUGUCCUUAACUUUGGGACAGGAAGAGUCCUACAUAGAGGAUGCUUUCGAACUGGAAUUGGGAUUUGACGUGGCUGCCAUGAAUCAUUACCCACCAAACUUCAUGUCGAAGGGCACCAUGGGACUGGCUGAACACACCGAUCCUGGUUUCAUCGUCUCCCUCGUCCAAGAUAUGGAUGGCGGCCUUCAAAUCCUAACCCACCAAGGAAAAUGGAUCAACGUCCACAUCCCUCCCCAUGCCAUCUUAAUCCAACUUGGAGACCAACUAGAGCUUCUAACUAACGGCAAAUACAAGAGUCACAUUCAUCGGGUGUUGGUGGGUAGCUACAAGACGAGGAGGAUCUCUAUAGGCACGCUUCAUGGGCCAUCUAUAAACAAAUUUGUGGCUCCGACAUCGGAAUUUGUGGACGACACCCAUCCACCUGCUUAUCGAGGAAUAACCUACUCAGAGGCUCUGGAAGCUAAUGAUCGUUACGAAAUUGAAGUUCAGUCAUGCAUUGAACAACUUAGAAUUCUACCAGCAGUAGUUUGA